UCCCUCUCUCCUCUCUCUCUCUGGCCUGUGCUGUGCUGCCAAGCUCCAUCAGGAUGCCGUCAUACUCAGCCCACACAAUGGCUCUGUUCAUCUCCUGAGGGCUUUGGACCGGGCUGUCGUGCCGCUGGACCGCUAGCCACCCGCCCGCCUAAAGGGAGGAGGGAGGAAGAGGAGGAGGAGGGAGGAAGAGGAGGAGGAGGGGCUGUGAGAAAAGAUAUAGAAGGUGUUGUCAUGUCGCAACCUCCCGUGGGAGUGGGAGCCUGUACUGGAGCUGAGACUGGAGGGACUGGGAUUGGACCUGGGGUUGGGAUUGGACCCCGAGCUGGGACUGGAGGGACUGGUUUUGGGACUGCAGCCGGACCUGGAGGGACUGGAGGGAUUGGGAUUGGACGUGGGGUUGGGAAUGGACCCCGAGCUGAGACUAGAGUCAAAGGUUCAGGGCCUGUAUCAGGCCCGGCAUCCGAGGACCAGACAGGGCUCGGUGCGUCCCAUCGGGGCCGAGGGACUGGUCGCCCUGCUGGAGAGGGGUCUGGACAGCGUGUUGUUGAUUGACAGCCGGCCCUUCGUAGAAUAUAACUCCUCCCACAUCCUGGAGGCGGUCAAUGUGAACUGCUCUAAGCUGAUGAAGAGACGGCUGCAGCAGGACAAGGUCCAGAUCAACGAACUGCUGCAGCACUCGGCCAAGAAGAAGUUGGAGCUCGUGGGCAUUCAGGAGGUGGUGGUGUAUGACCAGAGUUCAUCUGACCCCUUGACCUUUCUCUCGGAGGCCUUCCUUACCGUCCUAUUGGCCAAGCUGGAGAAGAGCUUCCCCUCCGUACACCUGCUCUCAGGUGGUUUCACAGAGUUUUCCCAGCUGUUUCCAGGUCUGUGUGAAGGUAAGGCUCUUCUGGCCACAUCCUGCCUGGUCCCGACCUGCCUCUCUCAGCCCUGCCUGCCCCUCAACACCUCUGGUCCAACACGCAUCCUGCCUCACCUUUACCUGGGCUGUCAGAGAGACGUUCUCAACAAGGAAGUGAUGCAGCGGAAUGAGAUAGCGUACGUCCUGAAUGCCAGUAACACAUGUCCCAAACCAGACUACAUCCCAGAGUCUCACUUCCUGCGAGUUCCUGUCAACGACAGCUUCUGUGAGAAGAUCCUCCCCUGGUUCGACAGAUCUGUGGAGUUCAUAGAGAAGGCCAAAGCCUCCAACGCCUGUGUGCUGGUCCACUGUCUGGCUGGCAUCUCCCGCUCGGCAACCAUCGCUAUCGCUUACAUCAUGACGAGGAUGGACAUGUCACUAGACGAAGCUUACAGGUUCGUGAAGGAGAAGAGGCCCACCAUCUCUCCAAACUUCAACUUCCUGGGUCAGCUGUUGGACUUUGAGAAGAAGAUCAAGACUCCUGGAAGGUCGGAGAUCAGAGAGACCGUCGGAGUCAAACCCUGUCCCUUCCUCCUCCACCACCCCCUGCUAGAUCAGGACCCCUCUAACCCUACUACCCCCAGCCUCCCAGACCCUGCCCUAGCCCUGCUGGAGCCCCUGACCCUGCCGUGUGUCUUGGCCCCCUGGCCUCCAGAAGAGAGGCUCCUCGCCCAGGCUCUCCAGGGGCUCCAAGGCCUCCAGCUGAACCAGGGAGCGGAGGACAACGCCGCCCAGCUGAAAAGGUCCUUCUCUCUGGACAUCAAGUCGUACAGGGAGCCAGGAGGCCGCGGCGGCGCCCCCGUGAGGCCGUACCCCAACCCUACGUCCCACCCCGGAGCCCAGGAGUAUUAUAAUCCAUCCGUGAGCUUCAAGGAGCCUGCUGGGAAACCGUGUCACUUCUCUCCUGUGAAGGAGAUGUCAGAGCAGUCUACACCUGAGCCGAGCCCUGACGAGGAGCGGGACGACGGCCUCGCGGACCCUGCUGCUACGUCUGUUGUUCCCACUGCUACUCCUGUAGUCUCCACCACAACCAUCACCUCCUCUUCCUCCUCCCUUCCCGGCACCACUACCAGUACUACCACCUCCAACCAGCCCAGCGUGAAGCAACCCGGCCAGGCUAAGCCCCUCUCCUGUUCCCAGCAGCUCCAGCGUAGUGGCAGUAUGGAGGAGAGCUCUAACCCUACCCUUAACCACACCCCUCACACCACCGGCUUCCUGUUCGGCCUAUCACGUUCCCAGCAGCACCUGUCCAAGCCCGCCCCUAACCUAGGCUCCGCCCUGAAGGGCUGGCACUCUGACAUCCUAUUGGGUCCCGUCACCGUGUCGUCGGGUGGAUGGUACCUCUCCGAGUCGUCGCACCGCUUCUACUCCACCUCCGCCAUCUUAGGAAGCGGGGCUAACAUUCUAGGGGGUGGCGGCGCGGCGGCGUACAGCGUGAGCCAGGGGUUGGAGGAGGUGCGGCGGCGCGGGAGGCAGAGGAGCGGCGACCACGGGGACUCGCGGAGGAGCUGGCACGAGGAGAGCACCUUGGAGAAGCAGCUGAAGAGACGGAGCUGUCAGAUGGAAAUCGGAGACAGGAUGAGAGGAGGAGGAGGAGGAGGAGGAGGAAGAGGAGGAGGAGAGACUAGCUCCAGGGAGGAGAUAGGGAGUCACAGCAGCUUCUCGGGAAGCAUGGAGGUCAUACAGGUGUCCUGAGAGAGGACAUUUCAACAUGGCCUCCGGUCCAACCGUUACGGAAUCAUUGAUUUGAAAUGGAGACGUCCGUUCUAGGGAGUUUUAACAUCCUCAGAUCAGACCAGUCCCAUGUUCAGGGGAAAGACUUGUUCUGGACCCGUCUUAUUAUCCCACUAGGGACUUGAACCUUGAACUGAUCUAGCGGCCCUGUGUACUCGUGUCGCGACAGUUGGCAUUAAUGUAGUUUGAACUUUGACCUGGAAGCAGAAAGCAGCUGUGUGAUGAUGAUGAUGAUGAUGAAUGUGAUGAAGAGGUGAACUCUGAGAGGAUUGAGACGAACUUGAGUUUUUUGUUUGAAUGAGUGUUAAUCGUUUUUCAUUUAUUUCUGAAUGUUGAUAAUCGUUGUCAACAGCAGUAGAUGUCUGCCAGAUGUUGGAUACAUGGAGCUUUUAUGAAGCCUUAUGAAGUCUUUAUGAAGCCUUAAAGAAGUCUUUAUGAAGCCUUAUGAAGUCUUUAUGAAGCCUUAAGAAGUCUUUAUGAAGCCUUAAAGAAGUCUUUAUGAA